AUGGUAGGCAUAUUCGUCGGACCGUGUUUGCAGUUUAAGUGGUGUUCGAAUUGACUAGUGAUCCUUGUUAAACUGUAUGCAGAGGUGGCUGACGAACCUUCCUUAACCGUAAGUGCAUGUGUUCACAAAGAUCAGGUUAUUGUUGUUGUCGUUGUUGAUGAUGAUGAUGUUGUCGCUGUUGUUGUUGUUGUUGCUGCUGUAGCUGUUGUUGUUGUUGUUGAUGUUGAUGUCGAUGAUGAUGAUGAUGAUGAUGAUGAUGAUGAUGAUGAUGAUGAUGAUGAUGAUGAUGAUGAUGAUGAUGAUGAUGAUGAUGAUGAUGAUGAUGAUGCUCUUGUUGUUGGUCGUUGUCGUGCCUGUUUUUGGCCCCACCAAAAACAGGAGCAGAUGUCCAGAGGCAGAGCGCCGUGA